UCAUUCAUACAUCGAAUUAACAACAUACAUAAACAUGUUGUCCAGCAAAUUUCUAUCCCUAGUAGCCAGUCUGGUAUUAGCGAUCGCACAAACACCACAUGCCCAGCCCUCACCCGCCACCCCUUCUGAUGUAUUUGUAGUAGAUCUCGAGGAUGACAGCGUAGGCAGUGGCAGACCUCCUAGUGGUGUUUCAAUAGAUGGAUUGCCUGGUGUGCCUGAAAAUUUCAAUGGGGCUGCGAAUGGGGUCGGUGCAGGAGCCCCAGCAGGAAUCGACUUUGCGGCCUGUGUUAUUGAGCAGGAGGUUGUGGAUCCGUUUGAUAUCGACGGCUAUAUGGGUACAUGGUACGAGAUUGCUACGAAUGACUUAGUGAGGAAUACAUUUGAGCAAGGUUGCAAGUGUACCACGGCGAAUUAUGAACUGUUCGACAACGGCACUGUACAAGUGAAGAACACCUGUAUACGAGAUGGCGAGCCCUACGAAAUAAUCGGCGCUGCUACUGCCGAAGACCCAGAAAAAGGGGCGUUUACAGUGUCCUUUGGCGAUGACAACCUGGGAGCACCUAGUCUAGGUGAAAAUUAUCUCAUCCUUGCGCAAGGAAACGAUGCUGCCAAUGAUGACGCUCAAUAUACUGUGGUGGGCUCCGUUUGUAAUGCUAUCGGGUGGAUUCUGUCUCGGUCGGCCACAAUGUCGGAGGAGGCCUAUGCAGAGGCCGUGGCCAUCUUUGAGGAGCGCGGUUACAAGCCUAAUUCUGAGGCUUUCAAUCUCCAGAAGUCACAAGAUGAAGACUUCUGCGCACCUAUCCAAACUGAUAAAUAAUUUCACGCACCGCGAGUGUAUCCAUAUGAUUUCAAAAAUAAAUCGUGAUUUAUAUAGAUCAAACAGCGUUUAGGUCAAUGUCAAUAUGACAGACGCAGUCGUAUUGAGAUCACAUUUAUGUUCAGUGUUUUUGUGCCUUUACUAUUUAUCUUCUAUGUUACCUUCGUCAUCCUAUACAUGUAUGCUACAACUCUAUCCUUCAGAUUGCACUUUCAAAUGCAUCAUCAGCGAUAAAAUGAGUCCCACAUUUGCCGUGUUUACAUGCUAGCAGUCUCGAAUUAAUUGCUUUCAAAUUGCAUAGGAAUAUCCAAAAUUCUGUUGAAAAACUCGGGGAAGCCGUUCAAUAAUAACACACCCUAUACACCAUCACGAAUUAGUUUGUGAGCUUUACUUCUGCCUCGUGGGUCUAAAAAUUAUAUUUAUAGUAUAUAUUGGCGUGAUUACUGCUUUCUAUCCUUAUUUCUG